UCUGAACAGGGAACUGAUCCAUUUUCGCUACUUGCAAUCGCCGGUGGACGCACUUUGGAUUUCGAUCCGUUCGAUGUGGGAAUCCGAAACCCUGACUACUACAGGGACGCAGCCCACUUCCGGCUGGUCGGCGAAGGACCUCAAUACCGAUUGGAAAUACCGUACGCGAAACUCGACUUUACGGGAACGUACUCCGUGAUUGCGCGCAACUGCCAUGGGGAGGCCAAAGCCGUGAUAUCUUUGCAGAUCUAUGCGAAGGGUCAAGGCAAAGAGGAGAAGAUGAAGAAAUCGGGGGUCACGCACGGGAACGUGCUAACUUUGCCGGUGAUUACGAGAGACCUACGGGACCUCAGAUGUUGCGAUGGCGAUGCCGUUACCCUUGAGUGUCAAGUACACGCCACGCCGGAGCCGCCUUUGGUGCGCUGGGAACGUGGAGGGAAGAUUCUGCAAAUGGGUGGCGAUUUCUCCUCGGAGUUCGAUGAAGAGACCGCGCGUUUAAUAAUCCAGCACGUCUACCCGGAGGACGAGGGCGAAUAUACCUGCGUCGCUUACAACGACCUCGGCAAAGCAUUCACGUCGGCGUGUCUAAUAGUAGAUGUGCCCGAGGGAAAGGAAAACGUUUUGAGUCAACGAUUGACAAGACCUCCAGGACUUCUGUCGGGUGGAUCGACGCCGAGAUCGACGCCGCGUUCGACGCCUAUUAGAAGCUUGUCUCCAACAGUUCCACAUGGACGGGAAUUGAGGUCUCCUCAGCUUCUUCCGCGAAGUAGGUCGACGUCGAGGAGAGCGAAGAUCAGUCCACCAAAGUUUUACGCGGUUCCGCAUAACCGGGUGGCCGAAGAAGGUGAAACUGUACGAUUUCAGUGCGCCGUAGCUGGCCACCCGACGCCUUGGGUGAAAUGGGAUAAAAAUGGCACGGUUGUCACGCCUACAGCCAGGAUCUCCGUAAAGGAAAGGGACGACGUGAAGAUACUGGAGAUCGUUGAAGUCACUCUGGAAGAUGCGGGUCUGUACAGAGUAAUCGUGGAAAAUGAUUACGGCCGCAUCGAAGCCAGCGCUCGUCUUGAAGUGAUAAAUCGCCAAUUGCUUGGCCCGGUGUCACGAACUGUUCGAACAAAAAGUGCAUCGCCCAGGACAUAUCCAUCCUUCAGUCGAAGUCUGCUAGACAUAACUAGCAGAGUGAAUGGAAGGCUCUACCUCGACUGCAGCAUCCGAGGAACACCAAGUCCAACACCAACGUGGUUCAGAAAUGGACGGCCAUUGGAACGAUCGGACCGGAUAAAACGGUACUUCGACGGAAAGACCGCGAAAGUUGAAGUUUCAGAAGUGAAAGCGAGCGAUGCGGGUGAGUACACCUGCGUGGCAACGAACGUCCUUGGUUCCACGAAGAAUACCUGCCAGGUGACAGUUCUUGAUCCUUAUAAUCCAUCAACCUGCGACAAGGACCCACCGAAAUUUUUGCAAACGCUUCCGGAAGAUUCAAUCGUAAUGGAAGGUCAUUGUUACGAACUUCAGGCGAGAUUAACAGGUACACCACCGUUCUCGGUAAUUUGGUUAAAGGACGGACGUGAGAUACCGGACGACGAUCAGUACAGGUACGUGAUAUACGGCGACGGAGGGGUGGCUCUGAGAUUUUCCAUCGUCUGCCCACAAGACGCCGGCGAGUACACUUGCCUCGCCCGCAACAACUUCGGCGAAGCAGCCUGCACCGGUCUAUUCGCUGUUCAAGAUUACAAAGGUGUCCAGAAAUUAGCGCCACAGUUCACGAAGACUCCAGUAUCAGUCGUUGUAUCCAAAGGUGAGACUGCAUGCUUCUGUGCCAGAGUGCAAUGCGGUAAACCAAUGGAGAUCACGUGGACGAUUAAUGGGAAAGAUGUCAGAGAAAAUUCAAGGUGCAAGGUUGAAAAAGACGACAGUGUUAGUGUUCUUAGGAUACAAGACGUUCAGCCGCGAGACGUGGGCGAGAUUCGGUGCACAGCAUCGGUCGUUGGCAAGGGGCCAUCGAUCUGCACUACAGCACAAUUACAAAUGAAUCGUCCAACGCAGAAUCCCGAUGAUCCACAACAAGAUUCAACUGAAAUUCGUAGCGAGAAGCCACCAAGGUCUGACUGCAGUCGUAACAAUUCCCUGCGUAGAGCAAGAGACGUGCCACUAUCGCCUCGAAGUCAGAGAUACGAAUCUAAUAAAAUAGACAGAAUUAGAUCGUCUUCACUACCACGAAGAACAGGUCCAGCUUCUGUGUCUCCCGUGCCUGUGAGAAAGAACUAUCCUCAGAGUCCGUUGCUAGAUACAAGGAAGCCGGGAAGAAAAAUCUCUAGACCUAAGAAAGUAGAACGCAAACCGACUCAACAGGUGUACAUGAAAUUGAGUGAUCAAGGAAUUUCAUCCUCGGACGAGGAGACAAAACGUGUCCCAAAGAAGAAAUCCGUGGAAGAUAAUGAAACGAAGGAUACGUCAAGUUCAGACGUUCGUAAGACUGGUAAUGAUAUGAAAACGGAAAGUUCUAAUAAGCACGACGACACGCCGAUAAUAUCCGCGGAAUGCGUGCCGGAAGUGACCGAAGAAGCACCGAAGACGUGCGAGCAGGUCGUGACGAAAGAGGAGAAAGUGAACGCGUCGGAGGAGGAAUUCGUGGCUGCUAGUAUAGCGAAGGUGCCGAAUGACGUGACGGUUUUCCGUGGAAACAGAGUGGUCCUCAGGGUCACGUAUCGAGGCCAUCCGGAACCACGUGUCAAGUGGCUACGAGCGGGCCGGGAAUUAAAACCAGAUAAAAAGACUGCGAUAACGUAUGGCGGUGGCGUGUCUUGCCUAAUAUCGGACGAUGUGGUCGCUGAUAACGCAGGAAAGUACGAAGUCUCCGUGGAAAAUGAAUUCGGGAAGGACCGACGAUUUUUCAGCGUCGCCGUUGAAGGACCCCCUGACCCACCAGCUAGCGUUCCAAUCAUAUGCUGUUCAACGGGUACAGCGACCAUCAACUGGCGGUCCUCUCCUUACGAUGGCGGCUGUACGGUUACCGGUUACACGGUCGAAAUGAACCGCGCAGGCGAAAACACUUGGACGACGAUCGCUGAAUCCUGCCUUUCGUUGAGUCUCACGGUGCCGGUUGGUGGAACGGAGACCGUGACACCCGGCGAGAGAUAUCGGUUUCGUGUGCGAGCUGAAAAUAUCCACGGCGUCAGUGAACCGGGGGACGAAUCUCAAUUUGUUAGAAUACCAAAAGAAGGGGAGACGUGUCUGCUAGACGACGAAGAAGAAUUUGCACCACCGUUCGAAGCUCGAAUAGUAGAAAUGGAGGAUGGGCAUUUGUUCAACGAUCGGUACGAGAUACUGGAGGAACUGGGUAAGGGUCGAUACGGAACCGUAAGGAGGGUCAUCGAAAAGUCAUCAAACACGAGCUUCGCGGCGAAGUUCGUGCGGACUAUAAAAUCGAAGGAUCGGGAGCAGGUUCGAGAAGAAAUCAGGAUCAUGAAUAUGCUGCGGCACCCGAAGCUUCUUCUUCUGGCGGCAGCUUUCGAGAGCCCUCGAGAGAUUGUGAUGGUCACUGAAUACAUUUCUGGUGGCGAGCUGUUUGAAAGGGUUGUCGCCGACGAUUUUACCCUAACUGAGAGAGACAGCAUUCUCUUUAUGAGGCAGAUUUGCGAAGGCGUCGAGUACAUGCACAAGAACAACGUAGUACAUUUAGAUUUAAAACCAGAGAACAUAAUGUGCAGGACUCGAACUUCCCACCAGAUCAAACUGAUUGACUUCGGCUUGGCGCAGACCUUGAAGCCGGACACACCGAUCAGAGUCCUCUUCGGUACUCCGGAGUUCAUUCCACCUGAAAUCAUAAGUUACGAGCCAAUCGGCACCGAGUCCGACAUGUGGAGCGUCGGUGUAAUCUGUUAUGUCUUAUUAACUGGUUUGUCGCCAUUCAUGGGAGAUAAUGACGCAGAAACUUUUGCCAACAUCACUCGGGCCGACUACGACUUGGAGGAUGAGGCCUUUGACGCGAUCUCGAACGACGCUAAGGACUUUAUCACUCGUCUGCUUGUUAAACGAAAGGAAUUGCGAAUUUCGGCGAGGCAAUGUUUGGAGCAUCCUUGGAUGGCGCAACAUGCGGAGGCCAUGAGCAGGAUAGCCUUGCCGACAGAGAAAUUGAAGAAAUUCAUCGUACGAAGAAAGUGGCAGAAAACAGGAAACGCCAUUCGUGCACUGGGUAGGAUGGCAAUCCUUUCGGCAAACAGCAGGCGUAGUCCAACAGCAACCGCGGAUUCCUCGCCAACGUCGGAACCUUUGAACCCAAUGGAAACUCCGCGUACAGUCGAAACGUCUCCGAACGAAUCGUGUCGCGCAACGGAGAGGAACGGAACGAGUCCCGGCGAGCCAGACGCACGAGCCAGAAGCGUGUACUCCUUCUGUUACAAAACAGAGGUAAACAUCGUACCGGAGGAAACAUUAGACUCGCCUCAAAAAGUGGAGACGAGCGCAUCGUCAGACCUUGAGGAGUCGUUGAAAAGUGAACCGGCGGAUCAAGCGGCAUCGUGUUCACAAAGGAACGGAGAAGAAACUGAUACUAUCAUUGAAAGCUCUGAAGUUCGCUCGGAACAGACGCUUCCUAUGGAGAAAAUUGAAGAGAAAACCGAAAUUGUGGAACGAUAUCAAAUUGAAGAGCGGGUGUCGAUUACGGAAGAAAUCACGUCUACUGUGAGACACGUGGAUAUCGAGGAUGAGCCGAGUUGUCGAGAUCUCUCAGAUGAAAUCGCUGCGAAGUUGACAAUCGACGAGGAAGUUGUUAACUCGUUUAAAGAGGACUUCAAAUGGAACAUCGAAGAGAAAGGAGUGAAGGAAGACAUAAUCACAGAGAUUGAGAAGGAAUUGAAAGAGAAAACAGAUCAAACGAAUCCGCAGAAAUCGCGUCGAGUUUUUAGGGGUGAUUCUCGGGAUUCUGGGAUUGGAGAUUGCGCGUCGAAUUUGUCUGCGUCGUCGCAACAAGUGAAUGAGCUUGGUAUUUCGUCCAUCAAGGAAGAGGAGACGGACAACGAGAAUAAUAACGGUAAUGUUAAGAAUGUGUUGCAAAAAGUGGAACGGUUUGAAAGCCGUCGAACGUCGCGCGAAGAAGUCACUGAAAUAUCGAGCAACAUGGAGAAUGUCGAGGUUCCUGACGCAAAGAAACAUGCCAAAGGAAGUAUCGAGGUAUCUACGCUGAGUGGUGUGACUAAAGCUUCGCGUGAAAUUAAUCGGCAGCAUGAAGUGUCCGAGGAAAUUGAGGACCCAAGGUUGUUAAUCGGACGGAUUCGUAGCAAGUUCGUCCCAACAGGGAACGUAAGCCGUACUGCGAAACUGUUUGAGAAAGAGGCAUCGAAAUCGCCAGUGACUCCGCCACAAUUGCCGCAGCGGACGUAUCCCGCGGCUCCCGUCACACCCGGAAAACCGCACAACGAGAGGAUACAAAAAGCGUUUGCCUUUUGGAAUAAAUAAACUCGUGCACGGUAAUAAAAAUUCAACGUUUUGUUUGAUAAAUUCGUGGACUCGACUGAAUCUCCACGCGACAUCGCACGUGAAACCGCUAUUUUAGAUACGAUUUAUUAAUCCUUUUUUCAAACAUCGAAACGCACGCGCGUCAUUUGUGAAGAUUAAUUUAAGAUGUUGAUCCUUUCGCUGCCACGCAUAAAUCGUGGAACUUCAGUACUUACUACAUUAAUAAGAAGAAGAACAUAAUAAUAAAUACACCUUCAAUAAUAUAAUAAUUAUUGAAUAUAAUAUUUGUAUAUAUUCUGAGUACAAAUGUUACACACGAGUAAAUAUUAAUGGAUAAAGUCGAUACGAUAUCGAGGAAUUAACAUGUGGCACAAACAAGCUUAGUCCCAAGAGGUAUUUAUUUUAAAAAUGAUUCUUAUCAGUUUUACGUAAUCUAAGGCGAUAACGUAGUCACAGUAUAAUUAUGCCAAAUCCCAUUGUUAAUAUGUUUGUCUCACUUUUAACGUUUCGUUCGAAAUUAUUUACUCAGAAUAAGCAACAAAAAGCGAAACCCGAUUUUUAACAAGUUUACUGGUUUCUUGUAGAUAUGAUCAUUUGAAAAUUUUGAGAUUAAUUUACGAACUCGUUGCAAGCGAUAAGAAAUCGUUUGCUUAGUCGAUGCGUGUAAAUAGCAACAUUUUACAAGUGUAGAAAUAUAAUGUAUUUAUUAUAUCCUU